AUGUAAAGUAGAAGCAGUAGCGAAGACAAGAAAGAAAAAAAAAGAAAGCGAAGUAGAUCAUAAAAAAAGGAUAAAAAAAAAUUAAAAAGUAAAAAAUCUAAGGAAAGAAAGUCUAAGGAGAGAAAAAAGUCAGAGAAAAAAAAAUCUAGUAAGAAAUCAGAGAAGAAGAAAAAUAGAGACAAAGAGAAAGAAAAGGAAAAAGAGAAAGAGAGUUAAAAAGAGAAAGAGAAAGAAAAAGAAAAAGAUAAAGACAAUAAUAAGAUGGAUGCAUAAAAAUAAAUUGAACAUGGUGAAACAAAAGAAGUAAAAGAAAUAAUAUCUCUUCUUUAGCAAAGAAUUGCGAGAUUAAAAAAAGAAAGAAGAAAAAGAUCAAGAUCUAACUCUGCCGUCAAACAUUAUUAAAAACAAAUUCUAGCCAACAAUCCCGUAGCUAAAUCAAGUAAUCAGUGUUUUUCAUAUACUAUUUAGAUGCUCUAGGCUAUGAUAAAUAAGAUAGCUUUUGGGAUGGAUUUACUUGGGUACCUAAAACUAAUUUGCACGAUAAAGUUAGAGAAGAUAAAGAAAAAGUAAUGUCAUUGACUAGUAGAAUGAGAAGAAUUCAGAUAUGUAACAUACCAACAGGUUUAACAAAUCGAGAUCUAUAUGCUGAAUUGAGUAGAUUUAUGAAUAGAAAUUACUUAAAUGACGUUGGAAAUGCUAAACCAAUUUUAUAUUGUCAUCUCAAUGAAACAGACCGAACAUGCACUUUGGAACUAUCUUCCGUUGAAGAAUCUAAUCGAAUGCUAAGAUUAGAAGAUAUCAAGUUACUGGAUGAAUCAUGUAAAAUAUUAAGACUUGGUGAUAGUCUUUAUGGUAUCAAAUAGAAUCAUAUUUUAUUUAGGUUAAUCUGUCAAUCAAUCAUAAUUAGUAUAAUAAGCUCAUAACAUGGCUUAAGCAUAAGCAGCCGCCUAUCUUGCUUUAAAAUCUUUCGGUUAUGCCAGAGGUUAGAGGGAAGAAGAUGAAAUUCUGGCUUAGGCAGGUAUCCCAUCCAGGAUUAUAAAGGUUGGAAAUUUCUUAAAUGUUGCUAUGGCAAUUAAUCUAAAUUAAAAUGAAUGGAAUGAAAUGCGAGAAGAUUUAAUUGAAGGUUUUUCAUAAUGUGGUCAUAUAGAAGAUGAUUUUUUUGUAAAACCUUAUUAGUCAGGUCUUGGGGGUAUUUGCUUGUAUUAAAACUUUUAGCGGAAGCAGGUUCUCUUUUUCUAGUUUAUACAACUAUUGAGGAUGCUUAACGCACAGUUAUAUCAAUGUAUGGUAGAACAUAUAAUUAGAGAGCACUAAAAAUUAUUUUUAUUAAUGAAUAAACCUAUAUUAGAAGUUAUAUUCCAUUAAAAUUAAAGUAAUAACCUGAGUCUGAAGAAGUAAGAAUGAAUCAAGAAUAAGACAACUAUGAUAAUGAACAUUUUGAGAGUUCAGAAGACUAUUUAGAAUAGAUGGAUAAUGGAGUUUUAGAGAAUAGUAAUAAAGAUAAAGAAAAUUGAUAUUUUAUAUAUUUAAUAUUUUGUGGGG